AUGGCGACUCCUCGGCCCGUUUUCCCGACUCGGGACUCCCUCGUUCCCAUCACGUAUCCCGAGCUCCUCGUCCCCAUCCAGGGCACUCAGUUCUUCGUCCCCGUCCCAGGCUCCGAACUCCUUGCCCCUAUUCCAGGCUCUGGGCUCCUUGUCCCUAUUCUGGGCUCGGAGCUUCUUGUCCCUGUCCCAAGCUCGGAGCUGUUUGUCGCUGUUCCAGACCCUGAUCUCCUCCAUAAUCCAGGUACCAAGCUUCUCCACAAUCAGAUUCCCAUCUACUCUCUAACCCAGGCCACAACCUCCUCUGCAACCCAAGUACCAAGCUCCCCAACUAGGGCUCCAGCUUCUUCUACAACUUGGGCUCAGUUCUACUCCACAGCUCGGGCUCCAUCCAACACCAGAACGCAGGCUCCAUACAACACUACAACUCGGGCUCCAUCCAACACCACAACGCAGGCUCCAUACAACACUACAACUCGGGCUCCAUACAACACUACAACUCGGGCUCCAUACAACACUACAACUCGGGCUUCAUUCAACACCACAACUCGGGCUCCAUACAACACCACAACUUGGGCUUCAUCCAACACCACAACUCGGGCUCCAUACAAUACCACAACUCGGGCUCCAUCCAACACCACAACUCGGGCUCCAUACAACACUAUAAUUCGGGCUCCAUCCAACACCACAACUCGGGCUCCAUACAACACUAUAAUUCGGGCUCCAUCCAACACCACAACUCGAGCUCCAUACAACACCACAACUCGGGCUCCAUACAACACCACAACUCGGGCUCCAUCCAACACCACAACUCGGGCUCCAUCCAACACCACAACUCAGGCUCCAUCCAACAGUAUAACUCGGGCUCCAUCCUUAUCCACAAAGCAGGCCCUGACCUCCUGUGCAGCCUGCUCCCCAAUCUCUUUUACAAACUGGGACCCAUCCUCCUCUGGCACAACCUAUGUCCCAAUCUUCACCACACCCCAUGCCCCGAUUUCUAAAAUUCAGGCUUCAAGUUCAUCUGAAACUCGGGCCCGAACCUCCACUUGUGCAACCUGUGCCCCAACCUCUACCAGCAUAACCCAGGUUCCGACCUCCAUUUCAUCCACAAUCAGGGCCCCAACCUCCUCCUCUCCAAAUUGGGUCCGCAGCUUCUCCUCCCUCAUAUGGAACCCGGACUCUCCCUCUUCAACUCCAAGUUCUGCUUCCCUCAUCAGGAAUUCAAACUGCGCCUCCUCAAGUGUUGCCUCUCUCAUCGGGACCCCAACUUUAUCCAGCUCCAAGCACUGCCUCGUCAACCCGGAUUCCAACCCCCUGUUCAAACUGGCUUCCAAUGAGGCUUUAUUGUUCGACAUCUUCAACAUAGUCACAAACUCUACAACAAAAGGCUAUGGACUUCAAGCUCAGGAGAGAGAAGGACAUCACCCCUUAGUGGAGGCACAUGCGGGAGUCAGCCUGUAUCAGAUGGUAGCUGUCUUAACUGUCAAUGAAGAAGGUUUAGACAUCAUAUUCCUCUUCCAAGAGAAGAUUGAAGUACCUCUAGCAAGAAAAUCGUUGAUCCACAAUGGCAAGAACUCAGGUCCGCUAAAUUACAAUGGUGCUGGUUAUGAAGCAAGAGACAGUAAUCUGAUCAGGCAGAAACCCCGAUUAAGGUUUCUGUAG